CCAGUCCACUUCGCCAUGUCGCCCGCACCACCGCAACCAAUCCUCCGCCCGCGCCCCUGCAUCUCCUCCUUCACCUCCCCACGGCGGCGGUCCCCACGACCCCGCCCGUGCAGGCUCGCGGCGGCGCGCGAGAUGCCGUGGCCGCACGUGCUCACGGUGGCGGGCUCCGACUCCGGCGCCGGCGCCGGCAUCCAGGCCGACCUCAAGGCCUGCGCCGCCCUGGGGGCAUACUGCUCCACCGUCAUCACCGCCGUCACCGCCCAGAACACCGCCGGCGUCCAGGGGGUCCAUCUCGUGCCGGAGGAAUUCAUCCGGGAGCAGCUCAACUCGGUUCUCUCCGACAUGUCGGUGGAUGUGGUGAAAACAGGAAUGCUCCCUUCAGCUGGAAUUAUCCAAAUUCUGUGUGAGAGUCUCAGGAAGUUUCCAGUCAAAGCUUUAGUGGUGGAUCCAGUUAUGGUGUCCACAAGUGGAGAUAGUCUUUCAGAUCCAUCUACUCUCACGAACUAUAGGGAUGAACUAUUUGCUAUGGCUGAUAUAGUCACCCCAAAUGUGAAAGAAGCGUCAAAAUUACUUGGAGGUGUGUCUUUGCACACUGUUUCUGACAUGCGUGAUGCAGCAGCAUCCAUUUACAAGUUUGGUCCCAGAUGUGUACUUGUGAAAGGCGGGGACAUGCCAGAUUCGUCAGAAGCUAUUGACGUAUUUUAUGAUGGUAAGGAAUUCGUCGAGCUUCGUGGACAUCGUAUAAAGACGCGUAACACACACGGAACUGGUUGCACUUUAGCUUCAUCUAUAGCGGCCGAGUUAGCAAAAGGUUCAACAAUGCUGCAUGCUGUUCAGGUGGCAAAGAAGUAUGUGGAAUCUGCUCUUCAUCACAGUAAAGACCUUGUCAUUGGAAAUGGACCUCAAGGCCCUUUCGACCACCUUUUCAGGCUCAAGUGUCCUCCAUACAAUAUCGGCUCACACCAAAGCUUCAAUCCAGAGAGCCUCUUCCUGUAUGCAGUGACAGAUUCUAGGAUGAACAAAAAGUGGGGACAUUCAAUAAAAGAUGCCGUGAAAGCUGCCAUCGAAGGAGGCGCCACCAUCGUCCAACUGAGAGAAAAAGAUGCUGAAUCACGAGAGUUCCUGGAGGCUGCCAAGGCCUGCAUGGAGAUCUGCAAGUCCAGUGGAGUGCCACUGCUGAUCAACGACCGUGUAGACAUUGCCCUGGCAUGCAACGCAGAUGGUGUUCAUGUUGGCCAGUCAGAUGUUUCAGCACGGGAGAUUCGGGAGCUCCUAGGACCGGGCAAAAUCAUCGGUGUCUCGUGCAAGACCCCUGCUCAAGCCGAGCAGGCCUGGAACGACGGGGCGGACUACAUCGGAUGCGGGGGUGUCUUCCCGACCACGACGAAGGCGAACAAUCCGACAUUGGGAUUCGAAGGGCUGAAGACCGUCUGCCUGGCUUCGAAGUUGCCCGUGGUGGCCAUUGGCGGCAUCAACGCGACCAAUGCAGGUUCGGUGAUGGAGCUUGGUAUCCCGAAUCUCAAAGGCGUGGCUGUGGUCUCCGCGCUUUUUGAUCGUGAAUGUGUGAUGACGGAGACGAGGAACCUCAGUUCUAUCUUGACCAAUGCGGUUUGCUCGGUUUAGAUCUUAGAGCUAGUUUCUUUUGGUUCAGUUUGUUUAGAAAGAAUAAGCCUUUAGUUUCGUUUGAGUGUUGCUGGUUCUCUUUGGCAACCAGAAACAAAAUAAAGAUUUGUAGUCAUCCACCAACAAUUCAGAAUGGUGAUUACAUGGUGCUGUGGUACAAUGUAUUUGCAUCAGUUUGAUACGCAAAAUUGCUGUCUAUGGAGAUGCAAGGUAUUUGUGUUUUUAAA